AUGCCCCCGCACGCGCCGGAGUCCUCGCCCGCGUUCGCUGCCGCCGCAGACAAAGACGCCAUCGCAAGUGAUGUCGACAAGGUCGCUCUCGCCUCGUCGCCUCCGCCGCAGGGCUGGCAGCGCGACGUGCAGCUCGUGGGCGUGAUCUUCCUGGCCAGCUCGGCGCUGCUGGGCGUGACGCUGCACUCGCUCGUGGUCUCGGCGCUCACGGACGCGGAGUGGGCGGCGCUUCGGCUGCCCACGUCGCUGGAGGCGGCGCAGCAGUUGGGCGAGACGCUGCAGAGCUUCUCGGAGCGCCAGCCGGGCGCGCUGCUGCUCGCGCACAUGGGCUGCUACCUGUACCUGCAGACGUUCGCCAUCCCGGGCACCGUGUUCUUCAAUCUGCUGGGCGGCGCACUGUUCGGCGUGACGCUGGGCUUCCCGCUCUGCCUGGCCUACAACACGCUGGGCUCCGUCUUCAUGUUCUUGCUGUCGCGCCACUUCGGCCGCCGCGUGGUCACGCGUUUCUUCCCGCGCAAGCUGGACACGCUGCGCGGCAUGCUGGACGCGCACCGCGACGAGAUGGCGCUGUACAUGAUUUUCCUGCGCGUGUUCCCGUUCACGCCCAACUGGUUCAUCAACAUGGCGUCGCCGCACCUGGCCAUCCCGCUCGGCCAGUUCACGCUGGGCCCGCUCAUCGGCCUCAUCCCGUACAACUUCCUGAGCUGCAAGGCCGGCCUCAUCCUGCGUGAGCUGCGCUCGCGCGGGGACAUCAUUGACACGGCCACCACAGUGCAGCUCAUUGUGGUGGCGGCCGUGGGCGGCCUCGUGUUGCCCCGACUCAAGAAGCAUUUCGCCACGAACGCCGCAGCUUCCACGACCCUCAAGCAAGACUAG